AAGUAAGAUUACUAGUUUUGAUCUCAUCAGCGACUGAUCAAAAAGCAACAUGAGGUGUAUACCAUCAGCUUGUCUCUUGUUGCUUCUUAUUGUGCCAUUACCAUUUUGCAUGGGAUGCUGGGCCUCACCGAACAGAGAACGCCCAAUCGACAACAAUCCUGCACAUUCUACCUACAAUCCUGGGCCAGAACCUGUUCCUACGCCACACACCGAUAUUCCUGUGCCGAAUGUCAGAAACCCCACUCCGAGUUUCGAUAUUCCUGAACCCGCAUUAAGGAACCCCAUUCCGCCGCCUCCUUCCGAUAUUCCUGUACCAGAAGUCAAGAACACCAUUUCUCCCACCGAUUCUUCUGUGCCCGAAUUCAGAAACCCGAUUCCUCGGCUUCCUUACUAUAAUUCUCUGCCCGAAGUCCGGUACCCAAUUCGUCCGUUUUCUUUCCAUAUUCCUGUACCCGAAAUCAAGAACCCAAAUCCUCAGUUUCCUUACUCUAAUUCAUUACCCGAAGACUGGAACACCAUUCCUCCGUUCAGUUCCCAUAUUCCUGUGCCCGAAGUCAGGUACCCCUUUCCUCAGGUUCCUUACUAUAAUUCAUUACCCGAAGUCAGGGUAAGCACCGAUUCUGGUCUUCCUUACUAUAAUCCGUUCCGCGAAGUCAAGAACCCAAUUCCUUCGUUUCCUUUCUCUAUUCCUCAACCCUCAGGAAAGAUAACUGACGAGAUUUUUUGGCCAUUCAGGAUUCCAGAAGAAUUUAGGAAUAAAAACACAGCUUGAAAUGAUAAUAUGCCAUUUUUUCUUAUUCCCAACCAGAACAUUAAUAUUGGAAUGAUGUUGUUUUUGUGAAGCUUGUUUUUUCCUUUGAGCCCGUUAUGUUUCAUUUGAAAUAGAUUAGACUAAAAAUUGUAAAAUUAACAGAGAACAAAAAAACCAAAUUAUACAAAACUGAUAAAUAUGAUUACAAAAUUUCAGCCGCAAAUUAAAUUGUAAAAAACUAAAUAUUUAAAAAAGAAGUACCUGUUUAACUGCCAAAUAAUAUUUGCACAAUAAAUAAUAAUAUUUGA